UAAAAAAAAAAAAAAAAAAAAAAAAAAAAAAUAAUAAUAAUAAUAAUAAUAACCUUUAAAAUAGAGCGAGCAGCGUAUAAAAUUCUUCUACUACCAAAUACGUUUAAUUAAGUCAUCUUUGGUGGCCUCAUAUAUUUCGUUACCCCAACAAUAGAAAAUUUUAUCUUGGAAAGAUACGAGUUACACUUAAUUAGAAAAUUUACAACUACUAAGCGAAGCAUGAAUACUAUUACUACUUUGACUGCGAUGAAUCAAAAUUUGAACAAGUUUAGAUUAUUUUAUAAACUUCCGGAUGAUGAUAAUUUUUAUCAUAUAACUUGCCAAAUAAUUUCUCAAGGUCCGGAAACGGAAAAAACUAUGGAUGAUACUUAUGAUUAUGAGUUUUUUCACCAAGAUUAUCAUGUUACAUGUAAGCUAAUAUCAUAUUCCUUUAUUGUAAAUAUAUUAAAUAAGGAAAUUUAUGGAAGAGAUUUUGAUAUGAGUGACCUGAAACGCAAAUCCUUAUUAACUUCUAAUCAAAAAAUAAACCUCGAACUGAGCUUGAAAGAGAACUUUCUUUUUCUACAAUAUCAAAUUAUAAAAAGCAGUAACACACGCGUUACAGAAACUUUCGUUACAAUUCCCCAAAGAAAUAUGAACAUGAAUGCCUCAGAAAACCAAGCGGCUGUAAUUCAGCCCAUACAGAACCAUCAAUCAACAUCGCAAGCCGAAUUUGGAUUAUUUUAUCAACCACCAAAUGAUAACAACUUUUACCAUGUAACCUGUAAAGAAAUUUUACAACAACUUUGUGAUGAUGAUUACGAUUACGAAUUUUUUUGCGAGAGCUCGAACGGAAGAUAUCAUGUUACAUGUAAAUUAUUAUCGUACACUUUGAUUAUAAAUAUAUUGAAUAAGGAAAUUUAUGGAAUAGGUUUUGAUGUAAAUGAUUUAGACCAGGAUUAUAUAUCAUUAACUGCGCAUCAAAAAUUAAAUCUUGAAUUAAAUUUGAAGCAGUAUCUUCUUUUUUAUAUUUAAUAUGAUCAAUUUCUAGUGGAAACAUAUUGGGGCAUGAAUAUUAGAGUUUACGGUUCAUUUUAUUUUUUAUUUAGAUUUAAAUUGGUGACUUAUUACGG